AUGGCCCUAGUCAGCAGUGAGCUUAUCGCGGAACUGGGUGUUAGAACAUUCGGGACAGAACCAAAGCGGCACAUGUCUCACCUAUGGCAUCGACACAUUACGCCCACAGCAGCUGGCUUUGACGAGGACGGAGACUGGGCACGAGUUGACAAGACGGCACCUAGGAAGUAA